UUCAAUAGAUAGAUUAGAGACAAAAAAGAAAAGCUCUUUUAUUUGAGCAGAGGUGGUGAGAGAACAAACCAGAGGUAGAAAACCAGGAACAGCUUAUCUUCUUUCAUUUCUUUUUUCAUAUCAAAGUUCGCCUCUAAUCUUUAGAACCAAUCUCCCAAAAAAAAUGGACCCAGAUUCAAAAAUGGAGAACCCAGAAAUCCAAUCCUCAGAGGAGCAAAGUUCAAUGGCCGUUGUUGUACCCUCUUCUGGAGAGACCAGGCUACCCCCCUUUGCCACUGCUUCACUUUCUCUUUCUCUCUCAACAAUCAUCCCAACCCAUUUCUUCCAACAAUCCAAAAUUUCCACCUUGUUUUCUCAGCUUAACAAGGCUAAAGUCCCCACACAAGCAUCUUCCCUUACUCAUCUUUCUCUCUCCGCCGCCUCUGUGUCUCAGCCGCCGAAGCUUUCAUUCAAGUCCACCAUUUCAGCUAAUCCUCUUCAGAACCCUCUCUCUUUGGGCCCGCGCCGCCCCAUGGAUCCCUCCAAUGGGGCCGCCGUUCGCCGAGCUUCCAUCGUUUGGUUCCGCAACGAUUUGAGGGUCCACGACAACGAGUGCCUCAACACGGCUCACAACGAGUCCAUGUCUAUUUUGCCUGUCUACUGCUUCGAUCCUAGAGAUUACGGCAAAUCGUCUUCUGGGUUCGAUAAAACUGGUCCUUACCGGGCCACGUUUCUGGUUGAGUCCGUUACGGACCUCAGGAAGAACCUCCAAGCUCGAGGGUCCGAUCUUGUGGUCAGAAUUGGGAAGCCUGAGACUGUUUUGGUGGAGUUGGCCAAGGCGAUUGGUGCGGACGCAAUUUACGCGCACAGAGAGGUUUCGCAUGAUGAGGUUAAGGCCGAGGAGCGGAUUGAGGCAGCCAUGAAAGAUGAGAAUGUUGAGAUGAAGUACUUUUGGGGAAGUACAUUGUAUCACGCUGAUGAUUUGCCGUUUAAGCUGGAAGACAUGCCUUCCAACUAUGGUGGAUUUAGAGAGAAAGUGCAGGGUUUGGAGGUGAGGCAGACCAUUGAGGCUCUUGAACAAAUGAAGGGGUUGCCUUCUCGUGGUGACGUUGAAACUGGAGAUAUUCCUUCGUUGAUGGAUUUGGGUGUUAACCAACCUGCGACAAUGACUCAGGAUGGAAAGCCGGCUGCCAAUGCUUCCUUGGUUGGGGGAGAAACAGAAGCACUAGAAAGGCUUAAAAAGUUUGCAGCUGAGUGCCAAGCACAACCUCACAAAGGGAGCAAGGAUGGCAGUCAUGACAGUAUAUAUGGAGCAAACUUUUCCUGCAAAAUCUCUCCAUGGCUGGCUAUGGGAUGCCUUUCUCCCCGCUCAAUGUUUGAUGAACUAAAGAAAACAACUUCCAGGACAAUUUCUGCUUCCUCAAAUAAGAAUGACAGUGGCAGUGGAAUGAACUGGUUACUGUUCGAGUUAUUGUGGAGGGAUUUCUUCAGAUUCAUUACCAAGAAAUACAGUUCAGCAAAGAAACAGCUUGACAAUGCCCCAGCAACAGCUUGUACUGGUGCCUUUGCUUAAGUUAGAAUGCGUAUUCCAUGUGAAGAGAAAAUUUACUUUGGAUUGCUGAUUUCGUUUGUUCACUGUCCCCCAUAAUGUAGCUAUUAGAGCUGGAGUAGGAGAGCGUAACAUUUUUCAUUGUUGAAUUCUGUUCCGGGUUCUAAAUAAAGUAGUCAAAUUUUGUUUAAA